UUUUACCAAAACUGUUUUACUUCCUAGUUUUCAGCGCAUGCGCUCUUCGUUGCACGUUUAUGUUCCUCGCUUCUCUACAAACGAACUGUAUCGGUAUUUUCAUGGCAAAAAAUAAGUCUGUGCAAUUGGAACCAAAAUCUCCCAAAAGGAAAAAGUCAGUUUUAAAUGAAAGUCCAGUUUCUGUAGAAGAAAUGGUUGAGACAAAAGCAAAAAAGAAAAAGAAAGCUCCAGAAGAGAUCCCAUCUGUAAUUAAACCAGAAGAUCAUAAAAAGAACAAGAAGCGCAAAAAAAAGGACGGAGACAAAGGGCAGACACAAACAAGGCAAACUGAGAUUACAGAGCCGUCCACAUGUCCUGAUGGGACACAGGAACCACCGGAGGACAAACUGGAAGAGGAUCUUAGUCCUGAGGAGAAGCGAGUUCUGGAGAGAAAGAUAAAAAAGAUCCUGAAGAAAGAGGAAAAGAAGAGGCUUAAAGCUGAAGGGCAGACUGAUGGAAAAACAGCAGCAGCUGGGCCAAGUGCAUCUCAGCAGGCGCUGGAAUAUCUCACGUGUUGGGCUGAAAAUCGAUCAAUGUGGAAGUUCCAGAAGACGAGGCAGACGUGGUUAUUGCAGCACAUGUUUGACUCGGAGAAGAUUCCAGAUGAAAAAUUCCCCUCGCUGCUUCAGUAUCUGGAGGGGCUUCGUGGGAUGGCCCGGGACACCACAGUGGAAAAGGCCAUGUCCAUGGUGGAGGAAUCUGGACGGACACCAGAGGACGCAGUCAUCCAGCAGAGGGCGCACCGAGCCAGAGAGAUCAUCCAGAUGCUGUCUUGAUGGAGCUGAUCAGAAACUGCUGAUUAAAAAAAAAAAAAAAAAAAAAAAAUCAUAGACUGACUGAAAUACCAAAAACUGUUUCUUUCAAUGCAGAAUUUUAAAAUAAUUCUCUCAUUAAGUGAUAGGACAUUGCCCCUUUAUUACUGAGGGUUUUAAUAAGUUAACUUUUGAAUUUUUUUUCUGAAAAAUCUCAAACUGUACGUUCACUUUUGCCAGGAGGGAAACAAUAUUUAAGCAGCAAGUGAACUGUUCAUGUUGAAGCAGAAACCUGUGAAGUUAUGUCUGAGGAAUGUUUGCAGUCAGGACAUGUCGCUGCGUGUCGAUGUUCAUCAAUGGAGCCACUUGGCUGCCUUUUAUUUAUACUCAUCGAUAGAAGACGUUUUUUUUUUUCCUUUUUAUAACCUAAAAUAACAAAACACACAGCAGAAUGUUAGUUUUUUUCUAUAUUUCCUUUAGUUUUUGCUUAUAUGCUUCUUUUUGGAGCCCACAAUAAUUAAAAUGUGGAAUUUUUAAGCUAAUUUGACGUAAGAAAAGCUGCUGAUGGUUGGCUUUGAAUUCAUGAAAGCUUGGUAUGUCAGGUGUGUGCCAAGUUCAGUUAGUUAGAUGGUUGGAAACUUGUUUUUCAGCGUCUCACAUUUUGUUUUUCUAUUCCAAUAAGUAAAAAGGUUAAAAACA